AAGAGAGCAACAGUGGAUGAAAUGGUCGGAUAACAUCACCUACUGAAUGGACAUGAGUUUGAGCAAACUCUGGGGCAAUAGUGGAGGACAAGGAAGCCUGGUGUACUGCAGUCCAUGGAGUCGCAAAAGAAUCAGACACGACUUAGUGACCGAACAGCAACAUCCAAGCAGUUGAGCUGAUACCAGGAGGAAAGGCCAUGUGGACACACAGCAGGAAGGCAGCUGUCUCCAGGCCAGGAAGAGAACCCUCACCAGGAACCAAAUUGCCUGGCACCUUGACCUUGAACUUCUAGCCUCCAGAACUGUGAGAAAAAAAGGUCAGGAAGAUCUCCUGGAGAAGGAAAUGGCAACUCACUCCAGUAUUCUAGCCUGGGAAAUCCCAUAGACAGAGGAGCCUGGUGGACUGCAGUCCACGGGGUCACAAGGAGUCAACAACAGUAAAGCAGGUGUGACUCCCCACCCUGGGUGGCCGCUCCAAACCAUGGCUGACACCAUCUUCGGCAGUGGCUGUGAUCAGUGGGUUUGCCCCAAUGACCGGCAGCUUGCCCUGCGAGCCAAGCUGCACACCGGCUGGUCUGUGCACACCUACCAGACAGAGAAGCAGAGGAGGAGCCAGAGCCUCAGCCCGGCCGAGGUGGAGGCCAUCCUGCAGGUCAUCCAGAGGGCCGAGCGCCUCGACGUCCUGGAGCAGCAGAGGGUCGGGCGGCUGGUGGAGCGGCUGGAGACCAUGAGGCGCCACGUGAUGGGGAACGGCCUCUCCCAGUGUCUGCUCUGCGGGGAGGUGCUGGGCUUCCUCGGCAGCUCCUCCGUGUUCUGCCAAGACUGCAGGAAGAAAGUCUGCACCAAAUGCGGGAUCGAGGCCUCUCCUGGCCAGAAACGGCCCCUGUGGUUGUGUAAGAUCUGCAGUGAGCAGAGAGAGGUCUGGAAGAGGUCAGGGGCCUGGUUCUACAAAGGGAUCCCCAAGUUCAUCCUGCCCCUGAAGACCCCCGGCCAGGCCGAUCACCCCUCCUUCCGACCGUUGCCUGUGGAGCCAGCAGGGCAAGAGCCCAGAAGCACUGAGACCAGCCGCGUCUAUACCUGGGCCCGAGGGAGAGUGGUUUCCAGCGACAGUGACAGCGACUCUGAUCUCAGCUCCUCCAGCCUGGAUGACAGACUCCCGCCUGCUGGGGUCAGGGGCCCGAAAGGCAGCAGACCCUGGGGGGAGUCAGGUGGCAGCGUGGAGUCACUGAAGAUGGGGCCCACCCGCCCAGCCAGCUGCCUCUCGGGGAGCCAGAGCAGCCUGGCCAGUGAGACCGGGACAGGCUCUGCUGACCCACAGUGGGGGCCCCGCACCCUGGCCGGACCCAAAGGGCCCCGGUAAAAGGCUCACCUGGGCCAGCCCCCACUGCUGACAUGGCCUCCGACGGUCCCCUCCACCUUCCCUGGACAGGGGUGCGCUUGGUGCAUGGGGCAGACUUUCCAGUGGAAGAGCUUGAGAGAGAGGGGGAGAGACAGCUGGAGUCAGACCCCUCCUGGUUCCUUCCUGACCAGUCCUGGAGCCCUUGGCCGCCAGCCCUGUCGGACGUGACCUCUAACUCAACAAACCAGUGUUUGGGGGGCUGAGUCUGCUCCCCUGCACUCAGUGCCUUUCUGCACCCCUUCUUUCCUGGGAGACCCCCAACCCCAACCCCAGCCACUCCACUCCGCUCUGACCUUUAUUUAUUGCCCUCCCCACUUCCCAGCCUACUCCUGUGUUCAUUUUAAGUUUGCUAUCGUCUUGGUUGGACUGGAAGGGCCUUCAAACCCACCUGUAGGGCCGUCCCAUGUGCACUGCUGUUUCAGAGGUGGGGCUUUCUCCAUAUUUGUAUUCAUGGAAGAAGACAUCCAGGCCUGAGGGUGACCCUUCACUGAGAAGCAUGGCCCCUAGAGAGGAGGCCAGCGGAGGUGGGAGGAGAGGUCCACCCCGCUCCCCCUCUUGUUGCAGUCCCCAGACGUGGAUACAGUCACCUCCCUCCUGGCCCAGAAGCUGCUCUUGAACUUGGUUCUCUGUUGGGUCUCUUGGAAGCCCUCCCCGGGGGUUGGUGGAGCUGGAAAGUGUUCUGGGGAACACUGAAUUCAUUCACUGAGGAGCAGCCUUCAGUUGAGUUCCCUGCUGGGGUGCGAAGCCCCCUAAGCCAUUAAUUCACUCCUCUUCAGUAGGCUCGAUUUGGCAGAAAAACACUUAAUUUAGAGUGCAGGCCAAUGCUUCUGGAAAACUCUUCCUGUAGGAGAGAGAACAUGCCCGUGUGUGUGUGUGUGCUGCCCACACCCUCCCAUCCUUCCUGCCUGCCCCGUGCCUGGUCCUUGAAGGGCCUUCCUCUCCAGUCUCUCAGACCCCCACUAUUAGCUCUUUUGCCCUUGUCACUGGCAGACAGUUUAAAAAAAAUAAAAGUCCUAUUUCCCUGUGACAAGUUAUGCUUCAGAAUAAAAACAAUAAAUAUUAGAAUUUGCAUUGAGCCACUGUGUUGAUCAAAAGGCCACAAUCACUUGUGUGUCUAAGAUGCAUAAGUAGAGAAAUGGAUGGGAAAAAAAUGUGGUACAGCGGUUGCUG